GUUGACAUGCUCUCCCGGGGAACAUCAUCCUGACGAAGCUUGCCUACAAGGUCUUGCCUGCUAAACGCAAGGCAGUCUGUCUGGUCCUUAACAUCCCCUACCACGGUCGCCUCUCACCAGACCAGUAGCCGCAACGUGUCAAGCUUCACUGACUCCCUUCACGUUUCGGACAUGACCUCCUCGAAGGUGAUCUCCUUGCGUUGUAUAUAUGCAUCUUGUUCUAGUAGCAAUUAAGCGACAUGCUUCUUCCGCAACUCUACUCGAAUAUUGCAACACAGCGUCUCUUGUGAUUCGAUCGAGUAUUGAAUCAUAAUAAUGCCCCAGAGGUAUAACUUGUGCAGUCUGUUACCGAGAUGACGUGGUUACAAACGAAGCAAUGCGUGGAACUCAAGUUUCUCCCAAGCAUGGUGGGGAGAAAGAGUCACAGGUCUAUCGCCAUCCUAUUCUGCAUUAUCGUAGCUUUCUUUGUAUCAGCUUCAUUGAUGAUACCAUACCGGCACUCUUUGCAAAUGAACAUUAAUGCACACCAUGAUCUUGAUGGAGAGUCUCAUCAGAAUGAAUCCUCUUUUCCGGUCAUUCCAUUCGACGAAAUGAUUCGCCAACUAUACGGGACGCGGAAGAUUGAUAUGACGGCUUCAUUAUUCACCGAUGAAGAUGGUAAGGUGCAUAGAAUACCCGGGCGCCCUCGAUUCAAGACUCCCCUAGGGAAGCGUCUGGUCAUUCUCGAUAUCGACACAAGACCACUCGAUGAAGAAGGUGAACUGUUUAGCUCCGUUGAGUGGGACUGGAAGAAGGUGCACCACUUGUCCGCCGGAAUGGUGAGCCAUUAUAUGUAUUCGAUAAUACAUGGCUAUGACUACCUAAACAUCCGCUCGCCUGUGUACGAAGACCGACACCCCGCGUGGGGCAAGGUCCUCAUGACCCAACACGCGCUCAAAGAGCACGACAUCGUAGUAUUCCUCGACAGUGACGCUAUUUUGCGAUACCCUGAGCUGCCCAUGGAAUGGCUAAUGAACUACUGGAACAUCAGAAAACAGACCCCGAUCUCUAUGUCCUCAGAGCCGAACCUCGAUCGUGAUAAAGACGACAAAGGCAACCCUGGACACAACAAUGGUUUCAUGAUCGUGCAAAACAUUGCUAAGACAUACGAAAUUUUCAAGAAUUGGGCUGAGUGUCCAGAAGAAACUCGUUAUGAGGGCUGCGAAAAGUGGAAAUGGAAACAUAACAGAGAACAAGAUGCUUGGUCUAACUACCUCCGAUACGAGUACGAGGAGGAUGUUCAAGUGUUGCCUUGUAUUGAGGCGAAUGGAUACCCGGAAGCUACGGAAACUGGGUGUACGGGAACCUUUUUACGACAUCAUUGGCUGCAUAAAGAGUUGACAAAAGAAGUCUGGGCGGAUAAUAUUAUGGAGGCUUGGGCGCCAGCCAUGCACAAGUAUUUCUCGGAUCAUCAAAAGGAUUAUGUGCAGGACCUCAGGGGGAAGAAGCUGGUUGGCAGUGAGAUCGUGUAGGCCUUGUAAGUUGUUGUAUUAUAAUAUAGACC